AUGAGAGUCAACGGUCGUUUAACCAAUGCAAAUUUGAGUUACAAUGAAAAAUAUCCAAUAAUAUUGCCAUACUCAUGUCCGUUGUCGAAAUUGCUAGUAGGAUUCUUCCAUAAAAUUUCCCUACAUGGAGGGAACCAACAAGUCAUGUACCUUAUGCGAAAGUCAUUUUGGAUUCCAAAACUAAAAAACUUAAUAAAAUCAUUUACCAAUAGUUGCAUUGUUUGUGUUUUACACAAAAAGGAACUUCAAACCCAAAUUAUGGGAACACUUCCCCCCGAAAGGGUUAACUAUUCCUUUCCAUUCACUCAUGUUGGAUUGGAUUUUGCUGGCCCCUUUGAACUAAAGGUUCAAAAGGGUCGGUUCUAUCAAGCAAUAAAAGGUUAUGCUUGUCUUUUUAUUUGUCUCUGUACAAAAGCUGUACAUUUAGAAGCGGCAGGAAGUCUCUCAACGGAGUCGUUUUUAGCUGCUCUUGAUAGAUUUGUCGGUCGUAGAGGUGUUCCCCAACAACUUUUCUCUGAUAACGGCACCAAUUUUGUUGCUGCUAAUAAAAUAUUAAAAAAGGAGUUGAAAAAAGCCGUAUCAGAAGCUACUCUGGAAGCUGAAAAACUCUAUCUACCAAAGAAUUUGAAGUGGAAUUUCAUUCCACCAGGUUCUCCUCAUAUGGGUGGUCUAUGGGAAGCUGGUAUAAAGUCGUUUAAAACACACUUUAAGAAGGUUGUUGGAAACUCCAGGCUAACGUUUGAAGAGUUUUCCACACUGCUUGUUAAAAUUGAGUCAUGUAUGAACUCCCGCCCUAUUUCUCCGAUUAGUGAGAACCCUUCUGACCCUCUUCCCUUAACACCGGGACAUUUUUUAAAAGGUGCACCCUUGCUCUCCUUACCCGAAAGCCAAGUUGGCGAAAUUGCAAAACUAAGGAAUUGGGAAAGAGUUCAGCAAAUUUUAUACUCUUUUUCAAAACGAUGGAAGGAGGAAUAUUUGACCGAUCUUCAACGAAGAACAAAGUGGAAAUUUCCUAAGCGUAAUAUCAAAGUUGGAGACGUUGUAGUUGUGCGCAACGAAAAUCUACCACCCACUCAAUGGCGACUGGGAAAAAUAGUGGCUGUUCACCCUGGAAAAGAUGGAAAGGUUCGCGUUGCUACCGUUAAAACUCAACAAGGCGAAAUUCUACGCCCUAUAGUUAAAUUAUGUCUCUUGCCUGUCGACCAGGAAGUGUUCCAGGUGUAUCUUGCUUCACAAAACAAAUAA